UCUCUCUCGCUCUCUUUCUCUCACUCUCUCAUUGUGGUGAGUAGCAGUAGCAGCAGCACUAGUUGUCUCAUGGAACUCAGUCAGGCAAAUGACCAUUCUCCUCUCUCCUCCUCUCUUCUCCUCUCUACUCCUCUCUCCUCCUCUCUUCUCCUCCUCUCUCCUCCUCUCUUCUUCUCCUGCUGUUUUCUCUCUGCUCAGAGGUAGUGGAAAAUCUAUUGCUCCUUUCUUCUCUUCUCCUCCUCUCUUCUCCUCUCUCCUCCUCUCUUUUCCUCUCUCCUCCUCUCUCCUCUCGUCCCCCUCUCACCCCUUGAGCUGGGGGUCAGUGGGGCUCUCUGUGUGUGAGGGAGGGAGGGGGGGGGGGUUCAGGAUGGAAGCGAUGGCUCUCUAUUCGUUCCGAGCCACGGAGGGUGAUGAGCUCAGUUUCAACAAGGGAGACGUACUUAAGGUCAUCAACAUGGAAGAUGAUCCUAACUGGUACACAGCGGAGCUCAACAACAAGAAAGGAUACGUACCCAAAAACUAUAUCAAUCUGAGACCACACGCGUGGUUCGCAGGCCGUGUAUCCAGGGGGGUUGCAGAGGGCAGAUUGAGGCAGAGAGACCGAGGAGCGUUCAUCGUGAGAGAGAGCGAGAGCGCUCCAGGAGAAUUCUCCAUGUCCGUCAGUUACGGGGACCAUGUGCAGCACUUCAAGGUGCUCCAGGACAGGUCAGGACAGUACUUUGUUUGGGAGGAGAUGUUCUUCUCUCUGAAUCAGAUGGUGGAGUUUUACCAUAGCAACAGCAUCGCCAAGGAGGGAACCGUCUUCCUACGAGACCCAGAACACAAUGCCAGGCACCCCCACCACGCCCAUGCUCUGUUUGACUUCACCCCCCACCACCCCUCCCAGCUACGCUUCCUCCGCGGUGAUUUCAUCGACCUGCUCGACUGUUCCGAUCCGCUGCGCUGGAGAGGCCGUUGUCAUGGACGCGUUGGAUUCUUCCCCCCGGAGUAUGUCCAGGCUGUCUACCAAUGACCCCGCCCCAUCUACAACGGACCCCGCCCGAUCUACAACGGACCCCGCCCCCAUUUGCCCCGCCCCAUCUACAUGGACCCCACCCCCAUCUGCCCUGCCCCCAUCUACAACGGACCCCGCCCCAUCUACAACGGACCCCACCCCCAUCUGCCCUGCCCCCAUCUACAACGGACUCCACCCCAUCUACAACGGACCCCGCCCCAUCUAGAACGGACCCCGUCCCAUCUACAACGGACCCCGCCCCUAUCUGCCCCGCCCCAUCUAC